AUGCUGGAUGUGCUGGAGGACUUCCUGCGCCUGGGCGGCUUCCCAUUCGAGCGCAUCGACGGCAGCGUGUCCCAGCGCGACCGCGAAGACGCCAUCAACCGCUACUCCAAAGAGGGGUCGGACGGGUUUGUGUUCCUGCUGUCGACGCGCGCUGGCGGUCAGGGCAUCACACUGACAGCCGCAGACACCGUCAUCAUCUAUGACACCGACUUCAACCCCCAGAACGACCUGCAGGCGAUGGCGCGCUGCCACCGCAUCGGGCAGGACAAGGAGGUGAAAGUGUACCGCCUCAUCACCACAGGCACCUAUGAGCAGAACGUCUUCGAGUGCUCCACGCGCAAGCAG